ACAAGUUAACCUCAGGGCAGUGAAUGAAAGCAGCGUUGUUUGAUUCCCUACUGCAAAAGCAGCGCUCGUGACCGUUACUUUUGCACCCGCAUUUUGUUACAUUUCCACCAGUUUCAUCACGUAGUUUGCAAUAUUAUUUUCCUUCCUUUAAUUUCAUCUCUUAAACAUUGAUUCUGGGGCGUAGGUAUAUUGAGAGCAACAUAGCGACAUCGAUUUCGUCAUCUAAUUUCCUUUCUUUUUCGUUCCUCUUUCUUGUGACUUUCGAAGUGCAUGAAUUGCGUUUCUAUUUCGCUGUGUUCUCCAUUUGUUUGUAAUUUUUGCACACCUUUUAUUUUAGCUCUCACUGUGUUCUACUUUAAGUCACUGGAGCAAUCUUCAGUUACGCCUAAAGCAGCCAUGUUCAACCCACGAAAGAAAACGUCGCGCAAGGUCGGAAAAGAGGAGCAGAAACGGAAGGGAAAGGCGCCUAUGUUCACCCAUAGACGUGGCAUUUUUUCCAAACGUGCUGUUAGCGACGAUGUAGCAAAACCGUGGGCUGCAGUUGGAACUUGGUUUCUUGGACCAAAAGCGGAGAAUGCUGACGUGUUUAUUGAACUAAUGAAGGACGCCAUAAAAGCCCACAUGGAUUUUCGCCAAGGUUUCUACCCUUGUGAUCCACCGUACGUCACAGACGAGCUGCGACAAGCAGAGUCUUUCAAAAAAUCCUAUGAGAAAAUGAAAACGGAAUUGGAUAAUCUUCAGAAGGACAUGUACAGAUCUGUUCCAUUCUAUUUCCCCUGUGAUCCACCGUAUGUGACGGAUGAGCUCCGAGAGGCUGCAUCUUUUAAGAAUUCCAUGGAACAUUUGAAGACAGAAGUGGACAACUUGCAGAAAGACCUGGAGAAAUCUGUGCCAUUUUUUAGCUCUAGAUACAAGAUGACUGCCAUGUUGUUUAACCAGAACAACUGCGCAGCAGAGGCAUCGACUGUUACCACAAAGUUCGAGGUGGAAGUUGGGAAGGAUUUGUGUAUCAUGAUGGGAUAUGAUGGCGACAAAGCCAUGGGUCACCUCACUGCUGGUGGGUCUGUGGCCAACAUUGAAGCAAUUUGGGCUGGAAGAAAUGUCAAAUACUUUCCAUUAGGAUUGCAGGAGGCUUUGCUGAAGGAAGAAAAACUUGCUGCUGCUAGAGGUUAUAAGAUAACCUUUCCUCAAAGAGGAGGAGAAAAAGGAGAACUUCAGAGUGCUUCCCAAUGGGAACUCCUCAAUCUUGACGUCGACACCAUUCUAAGAAUGCCAAAAGACGUGGAAGAUUUAACUGGUCUCCAGCAUCAAGACUUCAUGGGCGUCAUGGGCCAGUAUCUCUAUGAAUCUGUUGGAGCGCAAGAGUUUGCUCGCCGCCACAUGUUGACACAGAGUCCUUGUGUGAUUGUACCAAGCACAGCACACAUAUCCCUUACCAAAGCAGUUACAAUUCUAGGACUGGGACGAGAGAGCCUCGUCACUGUGGCAGUUGACGAAGAUGCUCGGAUGGAACCAAAGGAUCUGGAAAGAGUUUUGCAGGAAAAACUAAAAAACGAGAUUCCGGUGAUUACAGUUGUGUCUGUUAUGGGUACAACAGAAGAGAGCGCGGUGGAUCCACUCACAGCGAUUUUGGAACUUCGAGAAAAGUUUAGAGCUAAGGGCCUUUGCUUCAGCUUGCACGCGGACGGGGCUUGGGGAGGAUACUUCUGUAGCAUGUUACGAGAUCCUAAGAGUAAACUUGUAGCCGCUGGUAGCGAGGGAUUUGUUCCCGAGUUGUGGCUGAGUCCAUAUGUUAAAGAGCAGUUGUCAGCCAUGGACCAGUGCGAUACCAUCACUAUUGACCCACACAAAUCUGGCUUCUGUCCUUACCCCGCUGGAGCAUUAUGCUACAGAGACAAGUUGAUGAACACCUUUCUUCAGAUCACCACCACUGUUGUGUAUUAUCAUGGAGACAUGACACUUGGAGACAUCGGCAUCGAAGGAUCCAAACCAGGAGCUGCUGCCGCUGGGGUCAUGUUGGCAAACAGGGUGAGAGGAUACCUCACAAAGAAAAGUGAACUUUUACAAAAGGACUUUCGUGUCUACAAAGAUAAAAUUUGA